AUGGGCUUCAGCCCGAAUAGAAUUGAGGCCGCCCUCAAGAACGCCGCUUCAGACAGUUUGGAGGACUGUAUCCAAUGGUUAGAAGAAAACGAGGCUAAAUUCGAAGCCUCGGAGAAGUUCCACCAACAGCUGAAUGCCGAUACGAGCACAGCUGCUAGUGGGGAUCACAGCGGCGAGCCAGCUGAGUCGUCAGCCGACGGAGCAGCAGCGUCUGAAACUGAACCGCCAAAACCAUUGACUGAAGAAGAGAAAGCUGCUAAAUUAGAGUUGUUACGGCAAAAAGCGGCAAUUCGUAAGGCCGAGCAGGCGAAGAAAGAUUUGGAAGAACAGAAGAAGAAUGAGGUGAUCCGUCGCAAACACGAUCAAGAGUCGAUUCGAGUUAAAGAAGAGUUAAAGAAGAAAGAGGCCAUGCAAGCAGCAGCUCGUCGUCGGCAAGAAGCCAAAGAAGAUGCCCUCGCCAAGAAGAGGAUCAAAGAUCUAAUUGAAGCUGAUAAAAGAGAGCGAUUAGAGAAGAAGCAGCAGCUCAGCAGCAAUCCACCACCAUCAUUAUCUUCUUCUUCUUCUUCUCCUUCCAAUGCCCCCACCAGUAGCAGUACAACAUCUCAACCGAAACCCAAACCAGUCUACACCGAGUCCAAACUGCGAUUCCGCAUCCAAGGAAUCGCAUCGGCGCAACCCAAUCUCAUGAAAACGUUCCCCAUCGACGCCACACUCGGUUCAGUCGCCGAGACCCUCGCAACGGAGCUGGCCAUCCCCGCCAACUCCAUCGUGCUCACCACCACCUUCCCGACGAGAACACUCACAUCGGCCGAUUUCUCACUCACCCUCAAACAGGCCGACCUCGUCAACGCCAGUGUCAUCCUCAAACAAGCAUAA